AUGAACACAUCGCCGGCGACCUCUCAACGUGCUCCAUGGCGUGAUAUACUUGACUCACAUCUCCAACAAACACAAGGAUAUGAGUUCACAAUUGCAACUAUCGGCUAUGAUGCUCGUAACCGUCCCGUGCCUCGUCUGCGCACCUGUGGUUGCCGCGGCUUCUUCCCUGAACUUGAGCUUCACCCUAAAGGCCAGGAAGCCAUGGACGAGCAAGUUGAAGGUGGUGGCAACCCGCCAGUGUUUGAAAGUGACAUGCUAUGCUUCACCACCGAUGCUCGAAUGGAAAAGAUUCCUCAGCUGGAGUCUUCGGGAAAUGCUAUUGAGGCGGUCUUCUGGUUAAAGGAUCUGAUGACCCAAUGGCGCAUUAAGGGAACUGCAUAUGCAAUUGGAGAUCCCACUAUCAAUGUUACAGAGAAUGAGAAGGCAUCCCGAGAGAAGAUCAUGAAGGGCUUGCGGGUGAAAGGUCAUAAUGAUGGUGAUAUUACGAAUUGGACGUGGGACAAAGCUGUCACCAAGUACUUUGCAAAUCAUUCACCAGUUGCGAGAGGUUCUUUCCGAAACCCCCAGCCCGGGAUGCCUAGGUCCCAGAGUCCCGGCAAUCCAGCUCUGAGCCUUGGCCAGAAAGUCACAGAUCUUCAUGACCACGUUUCCCGGAAUAACUUCAGGGUUGUGGUGAUUUACCCAGAGGAGGUUGAGCGCUUGGAUCUGACAAAUCAAGAGGAUGGGAGGAGAUGGAAAUGGAUACUGGGAGAGGGAGGUGCAAAUGGCUCGCUUGAUGUUCAAUGGAACGAGACUGAGGUUUGGCCAUGA